UAUAAAGAGCGAACAUCUUCCUUUAAUCACAGUCAUCAGCUUGUUCUUAUCCUCUGUGUCAGCCAACACCUCAGCAAAGAUGGCAUCAGGCUUUCUGUUUGCUUUGUUGCUCUGUUUGUCCAUCGGACUGUCAGCUGCAUGUUGUUGUGAAGAAACUAAAUCCUCCUGCCCAGGUCCCUGCCCUCCUGGUUGGACUCAGUUCGGCUCUCGCUGUUUCAGUUUCAACAUUCAGGGAAGGAGUUGGACCGAUGCAGAGAGCUUCUGCAUGUCCGCCGGUGGGAAUCUGGCUUCUGUCCACUCAGAUGAGGAAUAUUUUUUCCUCAGAGAAUUCAUUUACAAAGUGACCAGUGCAAACAGAGAGUCCUGGAUCGGAGGCUUUGACGCAGUGAAGGAGGGCGUGUGGCAGUGGUCCGAUGGAUCUAAAUUUGACUACAAACAGUGGGCUCCGAGGGAGCCUAACAACCUCGGUGGAGUUGAGCACUGUCUUGAGAUGAACUAUCAGGAUAAGUUGAACGACAGGCCGUGUCAAACAGUAUAUCCUUUCGUGUGCUCCAAGAACCUGUGAGGCCUCCUACCAUCAUGAUCUCACUACAGCUCAUCUAUAAUCUCUAUCAUUGAUUCACUUUCAGUUUGUUGUGCAGACAGAAACAGCUCUCCACUGACAGACUCACUUUCACUUUAUUAUCUGAAGAGUUAGGAAACGGUUCACAUUUGAGAUUUAACAU